AUGCCUCAGAAGCUUCAAAAAAGAGAUAGAGAAGAUGCAAACCCUAAUGCUUUAUCAUCAAAAGGAUGCAGAAGCCUAAAGGAGCAGCUAAAUCUAAUAAAAGAUUCGAAUAAAUCUUUUGAAGAAUAUAUAAUGUCUUUCGACUUGAGAUAUUUUUAUGAAUUGGAUAAGAGAAGUCAGAGUCCCAGAAUAUUUAAUAACAUAGAAGAGUACCGAAAUUGACUGCUUGAUUCAUUUUUGCACGAAUUUUCUAAAUCCAUUUGCAAAGAUGCUAUGAAAAUCAAAAUUUUAUCAAAACUGUAA